AUGACUACAGUACCAACUAAAGAAGCUCUAGUAGUUAUAUUAGAUAUAGGGUUGGGAAUGCAUAAACAUCACCGAUCGGUUGGUGGCGGUGGAAUAUCAUCAUCGUCAUCUUCAUUGUCAUCACAAUCACAACACCUACUACAAUCAGCAAACAAUACAUCUCCGAUUGAUGAAGCUUUGAAAGCAGCUACUCUUCUAUUUCAACAGAAGCUUAUAUACGGUAAAAAGGAUGAGUUGGGAUUAGUACUGAUCGGCACCAAAGAGACAAAUAAUAGUUUACAAAAGGAUGGUUAUCAACACAUCACAACUGCAUGUAAUAUAGAAGAACCAAAAGUAGAAACACUUAGAUUUCUAGAAUCAAUUCAACCUGGUGAAUCUAGAGGUGAUGUAAUUGAUUCAUUAAUUGUUGCAAUGGACAUGUUAAUACACAAGACUGAAAAGAAGAAAUUUCAAAAGAGAAUAUUCUUGGUAACCAAUGCAAGCGAUCCAAUCAACAAGGAUGAUUUAUCAAUUCUACAACAACAAUUUAAAAAUACUGAUGUUAAAUUAAAUGUUGUAGGAGUUGAUUUUACAGAUGAAGAAGAUUUAGAAAACAAGAUACAAUUAACGGAAAAGGAAAAGAAUGAAGUGUUUUUGAGAAGGUUUGUGCAAUCGGUCAAUGGUAUAUUGGUGCCGGUUAAACAGGCAUUGGAGAUUAUGAGCUUCUUUAGAUCACAGUCUGUGCUCUCGAGAACAGGGUUUAGAGGUGUGUUGGAGAUUAGUACAGAGUUUGGAAUACCUGUUUGGGGAUACUUGCGCACCAAGAUACAGACAUUACCAACACUUAAAAAGGUGUCGACGGUGGCGCAGCAGGCCGACAACCCUGCAUCGCUUGAAGUCAAGCAAGAGAAGCUGCAUUAUAGUAUAACUGACCCCGACAAGGAGAUUCUCGAUCACGACCUACUCAAAGGAUACAAAUAUGGAAAGUCGAUCAUUCCCUACUCCAAGAUUGAUAUUGAAGCACUCAAACUUAGUGCCAGCAAGUGUUUAAAGACACUUGGGUUUGCGCCAGCUUCACAUAUCCCUCUGCACCACCUGAUGGGCCAGACUGAAGUGCUCGUCGCACCACCAGGCGACCAAGAAGCUGCUCUAGCGCUGUCUGGCAUUAUCCACGCGUUGGCAGAGACUGACCAAGUCAUCAUUGUGCGGUUUGUCAAGCGUAGCAACUGCUCACCGUAUCUUGGCUACUUGUACCCACACAUCAAGGCUAAUUACGAGUGUCUCUAUUUCAAUCCGUUGCCAUUUAUCGAUGACAUUCGUCAUUACCAAUUCCCACCCAUCUCACCCAAGAAUCCCCAAUGUAAAAAACAGUAUCAACCAACAGCCGACCAACUCAACGCUGCACACAGUCUCAUAGAAUCGAUGGAUCUCAUGACAGCAGACGAGGAUGAUGAAGGACAGCCCAUGCCAUCCCUCCGUCCAAAAUACACCUACAACCCAUCACUCCAACACUUUUUCCAAUGUCUUCAUCAUCGUGCACUUCAUCCAAAAACACCUCUCCCCUCACUCGAUCCACUCAUCUCUAAAUACAUCAAUCCCGACGAAAACAUACUCGAACGUGCUUCCGAUGCAAUCAAAGACUUUCACUCGAAAUUUACACUUACCAAAGUCAACAAUUUCAAAUCUGAUCACAAGUAUCGUUGGAAAGAUGGAAUGUUGAUUGAAGAAGAAAUUAAAUUGGAUUCAUAUAUUGGUCAAGAUGAUGAUGGUUCUAAAAAGAAACGUAAAGCUGAUGAUUUAGCUGAUUAUUCUUUAGAUAAACUUGUAUCAGGAUAUGUAAAUGAAGUUGGAUCAAUUAAUCCAGUUCAAAACUUUAAAGAUAUGUUGGCAAGAAGAGAUAUUGAUUUGGUAGACAAGGCAAUUAAUUUGAUGAGAAGUAGAAUUGUACAAUUGGUCAAUGAUUCAUUAAAAGAUCAAUUCUAUCAAAAGGCAUUGGAAUGUGUAGUGGCUCUAAGACAAGGUUGUAUCAAAGAGUCUGAAUCAGAUGCAUUCAACACUUUUCUACAAGAGUUGCGAGACUAUUUUGAAUCCAAGAAACGUGAUGACUUUUGGCAAUUAUUGGUCACAUGGAAGAUCACGUUGAUCAACGACCAAGAAAGUGACACCUCGAGUGUCAGUGAAGAAGAAUCAAAGAAAUUCCUUGGUGUCAAACCUAAACCAGUUCAACCACUUCAAGCACCAUCCAACAACAAAGGUGACACUGUCGAUGAUUUGUUUGACCAAAUCGAAUAA